AUUUCCGGCUCUUUCCCAAAGCAGCGCCUGAUAUCAUCUUCCUUUUCUUCGAUGCGCGUCUUCCCGCACGUUUAUUAUGCCGUGUAAAAAAAAACAAAUGACAAGUUGAAUGACAUUUCCCCGCUGGUGUCAAUCAAUUAAUCGUGAUCAUUUCCCGUUCGCCCAUUUUGUCACCUGUCAGUUUGCGCCAGGCGCGGAGGUGGCCGGAAAAGAACCGGAUAAACCGGAUUAAAUGCAGCCAUUCCCGAACAGCAGUACGACGUGGGACUAAAACAAAACUAAAUCAUCUUUUUUUUUUAAUGUUUUUAAAAUUAAUUCCCGCUGGUCAUGAUUGUGAACUGGCUUGCAUUUGUUGUGAUUGUUCAAACAGACAGCGUGAUGCCUGCAAUCCACUCACUGGAGAAUUUCGUCACGGUUUCAACUGGAAUUGCCAACUUACCAAACCACGUGGGUGUCGUUCAUGUCGACAACGUUGACGUGAUGUACUACGACAGCGAGAGCAGGAUACUGGAGCCCAGAAAUGACUGGAUGAGAGAAGCCACAGCAGACGAUGCAGACUUUUGGGAAAGGGAGAGAAAAGUCGCCAUGAUUGUUGAGGAUUUGAGCAGGUCUUCGCUGGAAACCGUGAGAGAGGCUUUCAACCAAUCUGAAGGAGUCCACUUUGGGCAGGCGACGUUUGGCUGCAAAUGGGAUGACCAGACCGAUGCUGUCGAUGCUUGGGAAAAGAUGAAAUAUGAAGAUGAGCACGUCCUGUUGUUGGACAUGAAUACAUUUGCGUGGUCCAUAGAGGGCCCGCAGGCUCUUGCCAUCAAACACAAGUUUGACUUCAACGAGAAUCAAAGGGAGCUGCGGCAGCAUUACUACACCAAGGCUUGUCCUUCUUUUUUGAAGAAGCUGGUGUACUAUGGGCGGAGCAUCCUCAUGAGAACAGAGCUUCCCAAGGUGUCUCUUCUUCAGAAGACGCCGUCCUCUCCGGUCACCUGCCACGCGACAGGUUUCUACCCGGACGUGGCCGACCUUUUCUGGAGGAAAGACGGUGAGCAGCUCCACGAGGACGUGGAUCAUGGCCAAAUUCUGCCCAACCACGACGGGACCUUCCAGAUGAUGGUCAAUCUGAAAGUGAAGGUGACGGAUGAGGUGGAGGGCCAGUACGAGUGCGUGUUUCAGCUGGCUGGUAUCAAGGGCGAAAUUGUCGUCAAGCUGGAGAGAGGAAACAUCCUGAGCAACGCACGCAUUGAAGAAGAAAAGAAGAGGAGGACUGUUGCCAUCGCCGCCCCGUUGGCGGUCCUCGCUCUGGUGCUCGUCCUCGUGGCCAUCGUGGUCAUCAAGUGUCAUCCACGCAAAGCGGACGAUUACGCACCAGCGAGUGCCCAAGUGCCGAGCUCGCCGGAAAGGUCAAAAGCGGUUCGAGACACAGCGGCGGGAGCAACACCGUGACAACGUUCCAUAGACACGAUAAAGAACUUAUGCGUCUGGGUUUUGUCAUCAUGUCCGUCUGCACAUGUUGCUCCAAGAUCUGCUCCAAGAGCCACUGCAGCUAUCCAUGCUAAUCGUUGGCCCACAACGGUGAUUUGCAUUAUUCGUUAGCCUUCAGCUAGCGGUGUCGUUCUUAAAGAAAAGUUGUAUGUUUUAUUUUAAACACACAAAAUGCAAUUCUCUUUGUUUUUUUUUUUUUUUUUGUCGAGUUUGACGGUAAACCAUGAGUGUCAUUAACCAGC